AUGAGCAAGGCCGGAUUUGACAGGCAUUCGAGGCCAAUGGAGGCACCCCGAUUGUCGGAAUACAACUUUAACAUCGAUAUCUCGGACAUCGUAUCAGCCAUGGGUAGAAUCAGGGAUACCAGAUGGCCAAAGCCCGUGGAGUCAGAUCAUUCUCGAAGGAACCCCAACUUGAUGUGCGAAUAUCAUGGAAUUCAUGGUCAUAGGAUCGAGGAUUGUAGACAGCUCCGAGAGGAGGUGGCCCGGCUGAUUAACGAAGGGCACCUUCGAGAAUUCCUCAGCUAUCGAGCCAAGGACCGCUUUCUAGAAAGAGAGGCGAACGGAAAGAAUGGACUAGAAGAACCUCAACACAUCAUUCACAUGAUCGUUGGAGGAACCGACGUCCCACAGGGACCCAUGUUCAAACGGGCCAAAGUGCCCAUCGCAACGGAAAGGCAAACUCGGAAUUACAUACUUGAGGAUGCCCUUGCAUUUAGAGAAGAAGACAUCGAGCCCUUGUCCCUACCACAUAAUGAUGCACUGCUCGGACUGCUCGAUCAGAUCAUACCAAUCUCUCUAGUUCUCAAUGGAUUCAACCUGGCAAGUGAGACAAAGAAAGGAGAAAUCAUCCUCCCAGUCAACAUGUCCGAUACAGUACAAGACACCAAGUUUCAUGUCAUCGAAGCUAAGGAGAUGUUCGCGGUAAACGACAUGGAACCAACAUCGACUCUCCCCGUUCAGGACGAGUCAGGGAACAGGUUUCCCCCCGAGGAAUAG